ACCUACCUUAUCUCGUUGUUUCCCACCUAUAAACAAACAACAGGAACUGAAAAACCAGAAGCAGAAGAAGCAACAACAGAUUGGAAGACAUGUCUGGUGCUGUCACAGAUUCGGGCACCAAUGUUUUUGGGUUUGGAAGCUACACCACUGUGCUUCAAAAGGUUGACUCAGUACCCACUCGUUCAGUGGCUGACCCACCCCCAAAACCACUCCUAAUUGCAACACCUUCUGAAGCUGGAGAAUUCCCGCUACUCAUCUUCCUCCAUGGCUAUCUUCUGUACAAUUCUUUCUACUCUCAGCUUCUCCACCAUGUUGCUUCCCAUGGCUUCAUUCUUAUUGCUCCUCAGCUUUACACCGUGGCUGGACCAGAUGCAACCGAUGAGGUUAAGUCCACGGCUGCAAUAACCAAUUGGUUGUCCAAAGGAGUACUCCAAGGGUUGCUUCCAUCGGAUGUUCGCCCGAACUUAAGCAAGCUUGCACUUUCCGGACACAGUAGAGGAGGCAAAGUCGCUUUCGCACUAGCUCUGCAGAAAGCAAUGACUACGUUGAAGUUUUCGGCCUUAAUAGGCGUAGACCCCGUCGAUGGAAUGGAUAAAGGGAAACAAACGCCGCCUCCGGUACUUACCUAUGUUCCGCAUUCGUUCGAUCUUGAUAUGGCGGUGAUGGUUAUCGGUUCGGGUCUUGGUGAAGUUAGAAAGAAUCCUUUGUUUCCUCCUUGUGCUCCCAAGGGAGUUAACCAUGAAGAUUUCUUCAAAGAAUGUAGGAAACCGGCCUGUCAUUUCGUUGCCAAGGACUAUGGUCAUCUCGAUAUGUUGGACGAUGAGACUAAAGGAUUACGAGGACGUUCGUCAUAUUGUUUGUGCAAAAAUGGGAAGGCUAGGGAGCCAAUGAGAAGGUUUGUUGGAGGAGUUCUUGUUGCUUUCAUGAAAGCUUAUCUUAAUGGAGAUAACACCGACUUGAUUGCUAUAAAACAUGGGCAUGAAACGGCACCGGUGGAGCUUAAAACGGUCGAUUUCCUUGUUUAAACACACUGUAAAGCAUAUGUUUACAACAAGAUCUUAUACAAUAAUUUCACUGGUUUGCCUUGCU